AUGAACCCUCUGAAGAGCCUACGACCGAUUGCGUCCCGCAUUCAGCCUACCAGUUUACCUCGACUGUCCCGGCCUUUCUCUGCAAGUGCGAGCCGCAAAUACGAAUACAUUCAGGUGUCAGAGCCAAAACCAGGCGUUGGCCAAGUUACGUUGAAUCGACCAAAGGCGCUCAAUGCCCUGUGCACGCCAUUGAUCAACGAACUCAAUGAAGCUCUCCUCGCUUUCAAUACCUCAGACAGCGUCUCCGCCAUCAUUCUUACUGGAUCGCAAAAGGCUUUCGCAGCGGGUGCAGACAUCAAGGAGAUGGCUCCAUUGACCUUCUCCCAGGCUUACACCAACUCCUUUAUCGAAUCUUGGUCUAACCUUACCACUCAGGUGAAGAAGCCUAUCAUCGCUGCCGUCUCCGGCCACGCCCUUGGUGGUGGAUGCGAGCUUUCGAUGAUGUGCGACAUCCUGUACUGCACCGACAACGCCAACUUCGGCCAGCCAGAGAUCAAGCUCGGCACCAUCCCCGGGGCUGGAGGCAGCCAGCGCCUGACGAGAGCGAUUGGCAAGUCGAGAGCAAUGGAACUUAUCCUCACGGGCAAGUCGUUCUCCGGGGCUGAGGCUUACCAAUGGGGACUUGCUGCCAGGACCUUCCCGACUUAUGAAGAGCUCAUGGAAGCAACUCUGAAGACUGCCGAGACCAUCGCAAGCUACUCGAGAGUCGCCAUACAGGGCUGCAAGGAGGUCGUAAACAAGAGCCAGGACCUACCGCUGAGGGAUGGUGUCGAGUUUGAGAGGAGAGUUUUCCACAGCUUGUUCGGCAGCCAAGAUCAAAAAAUAGGCAUGAAGGCCUUUGCAGAGAAGAAGAAAGCUGAGUGGACUCAUGAAUAG